AUGGCUGACUCAACAUGCGUGGAUGCCCAGGAGGAUCUGACUGAUGAUCAAAUCCAGCAGCUCCUCCUUGAAGCAGAAACUCGUCUGCGAGGUUCUAAUGCAUUGGGCACUCAAACUGAGGAGACAUCACUGAGGAUUCCCAAACUGUCACCUGGCUCCACGUUGGAACCAUACGUUCGCCAGGGAGAUGGUGUUGCCACUGUCGAUGCUGCAAAGAUCGUCAACCAACAACAGAAGGAGUUGUCCAACUCUCUUCGCUCGGUUGGGGUCAAGAAAGAGAAUAAAGACAAGCCUACUGCUGGGCCCGAGUGGUUCAACCUCCCGAAGACAGAAAUGACGCCAGAGCUUAAGCGAGAUCUACAGCUCAUUCGGAUGCGUUCUGUGCUUGAUCCCAAGCGUCACUACAAGAAAGAAAAUGGCAAGGCCAAACCACCAGAGUACUCCCAGGUUGGAACCAUCAUUGAAGGUCCCACCGAGUUCUUCAGCAAUCGGAUUACCAAGAAGGAUCGCAAGAAGAACUUUGUCGAGGAAACGUUGGCGCUUGAGCGUGGCACCAAGCGCUUCCAGUCCAAAUACAGAGAUAUUCAGGCCAGCAAAUCAAGCGGAAAGAAGUCCUUUUAUAAGGAUUUGCAGGCUAAGAGAAGCCGAAAGAACAAGUGA